AUGGCUGAAAAGUCUCCGACAACUGUUGCCAUAUUAAGUCCUGGUGAUAUGGGUCACUCUAUCGGCCGAGCACUGUUACUUCCCUCGAAUGACAGUCGAUUUCGUAUCAUAACGAAUUUAACCGGACGGAGUAAACGUACACAAAAGUUAUCCGAAUCUGUUGGCAUCAUAGAUGUUCACACAGAUGAAGAGCUUGUUCGGCAAGCAGAUUUCAUUUUUUCAAUCCUCGUUCCAUCCGAAGCAGCGGCACUUGCUCAACGCCUUUCGCCGCUACUUUCAACCCAUCAACACGUCAUCUAUGUCGAUAUGAACGCUAUCGCACCACAAACAGUUCAAACCAUAUCUACGUUAUUUCCGCAGGGAAAUUUUGUUGACGCUUGUGUCAUUGGCUUACCACCCGGUUCUCUCGAGCACAUGCCAACACUCUAUCUGUCUGGUACUCAUGCUCAGAAAGUAGCUGAUCUAUUUCAGUACACCGAUCUUAUCAAGACACGUAUUAUUGGAAAUGAAAUCGGUUCAGCAAGUGCUUUCAAAAUGUGCUAUGCUUCAUUGAGUAAGGGUAUCACCGCCAUUACUAUUCAAGCAUGUGUUACGGCGAAGUCAUACGAAUUAGAACAAGUUUUCUUUGACGAAUUGAAAGAAAGUAUGCCGGACAUAUUCAAGAAAUUAAGUAGAGCCAUUCCACACAUGGCACCGAAAGCACACCGAUGGGUUGGCGAAAUGGAAGAAAUUGCUAAAACCUAUGAAGAUGUAGGUUUAUCUGGAAAAUUGUUUCAAGGUGCCGCGGAAACAUAUCGAUUUGUUGCUGAAGAAACACUAUUAGGAAAAGAAAUUAUCGAAGACAGAAAAAGAGGAGAAAGUCUUGAUGAUGCACUACAAAUUUUAACCGAAUCACUUCGUAAAAAACACCAAGAUUCUUGA